UAUCGAGACCACUGUUUAUUUUGAUAUGAAGUUAGAUCCGAGUUCCGAAUUUCGGAAUCAUGCCGUUCUGUAAUGGUGGUAGUUUCGGUGUAAAAAAAAAUCUCAUCUGUCAAACUAAUGUCAAACACAAACGUGUUUAUUUCUUUACUACUCUUGGUCGUGCAUUGGCAUUUCUUUGAGUUAUAAGUUUUUCAAAUUUAAAACAGUUGAUGUAGUAACACUGACCCACAAAUUAUUCGAAAUGGAAAUUCAAACAGGAGAAGGACAAGUACAGAUUCAUUUCACCACCAAGCAACAGCAGUAUGCAAUUCCCGACACACCCUAUUCGAUAGCAGCCAACAUUUCAACAGAUGAGCUAAACACUCUGGUCAACAGUCUGCUGAAAGAAACCGGAUUCCUGAAAAACGUUGACUUUGAUUUUCUCGUACUCGGCGAAUUUUUACGCAACCGACUAGGUGGCCAUCUGAAAGAAAGAGGAGUUUCGUUUGAGGACACAAUCGAAAUUGAAUAUGUGGAACGAUUUCCAUCACCAGAGCCACAAGAUUGCCUAUUGCAUGAUGAUUGGGUGUCAGCUGUACAUACGAGAAACAAUUGGAUUCUGACGGGAUGCUAUGACCACUCAAUAAAUAUUUGGACAACGAAGGGUAAACAUACCUUGACAGUUCCCGGUCAUUUGGCUCCAGUUAAAGCUGUAUCGUGGAUAUCGUUGAACGACCAAAAUGGUGUUUUUGUGAGCGCAUCACAGGAUCAGACGGCUAUGAUAUGGGAAUGGAAUAUCGAACAGAAUGCUGUCCAAUGCAUGUUUGUUUGCAAAGGUCACGAGAGAGGCAUUGACAGCGUCGAUGUUAGUCCGUCGGGAAAGUUGUUCGCCACGGGCAGUUGGGAUACGUUGCUAAAAAUAUGGUCGGCUGAUCUGCACGGAACAGAAGACGAGUCUUCAAGUAAGAAAGCGCGCACAGCUCAAGCACAGACAAGGACACCGGUUCUGACGUUGCAAGGUCACCGAGAAGCAGUCUCAGGCGUUCAAUGGAUAAAUGAAGAAAGUUUACUUACAAGUUCCUGGGAUCAUACGUUAAAAAUUUGGAACUUGGGAAUGGAAGGCGUAAAGUCGGAGAUCAGCGGAAAUAAAUCAUUUUUCGAUAUAAGUUACUCUCAGUUGAACGGACUGAUCAUAACGGCGUCGGCUGACAAAAACCUUCGCCUAUAUGAUCCACGAUCGAAUCAAGGAACAGUCGUCAAAAAUACGUUCUUGGGACAUUCACAAUGGAUUCAAACGGUUUGCUGGUCAACAACGGACGAGCAUUUGUUCAUUUCCGGAUCGUAUGAUAAUCACGUUAAAUUGUGGGAUGUUCGAAGUUCAAAAGCUCCGCUGUAUGACUUAAUUGGUCAUGAAGACAAAGUGCACGAUUGCGAUUGGUCGAAUCCAAAGUACAUGGUGUCCGGUGGCUCGGACAAUACAGUUCGCGUUUUCAAAUCGAAGAAAGCAAAUCAAAAGACCAAAUAAUUGAGUUUUAGAAUGCAAACGUUCACUGUGUGGAUUGUAUGAUUAAAUCAGUUCUGGCAAUUGAUAGGACAUGUUCGUUCAAUAAACAUGAUUUCAAAACGAUA